AUGGUGGAAUCGUUUGGCGGCACGAACCUACACGUGGGGGACAUCGUGGUCAUAGCUGCCUACUUUAUCUUCGUUCUUGUCGUGGGAUUGUGGACCACGUUCAUCUUGAUCCUAAUGGCGUUCGUUUUCCUACCUGUGUACAUAUCUUCCGGGAUCUUCACAAUGCCGCAAUAUCUGCAGUACAGAUUUGGAGGCAUUCGGAUACAAGUCUAUCUGGCCAUGCUUACUCAACUCAUGUACAUUUUCACGAAGAUAUCGGCUGACAUAUACUCGGGCGCCAUUUUCAUCGAGCAGUCUCUCAACUGGGACAUCUACAGCGCCAUCACCCUCCUGCUCAGUGUAGCCGCUGUGUUCACCAUUGCUGGCGGGCUCACUGCCGUGAUUUGGACAGAUUUUAUACAGACCAUCAUCAUGCUGGUUGGCGCUUUUGUUCUUAUGGUUAUUAGUUUCCAAGAAGUCGGGGGGUUCAACGCGAUGGUGGAGAAGUACCCCCAAGCCAUCCCUAACUCUACUUUACAUGGCAACGACACGUGUGGCAUACCCCGCAGUGACUACAUGAACUUGUUUCGUGAUGCUUCCAGUGGGGAUCUUCCCUGGCCUGGAAUUUUGGGAUUAAACAUCAACUCUCUGUGGUACUGGUGCUCGGACCAGCUGAUGGUUCAAAGAGCCUUGGCAGGACGUACUUACACCCACGGUAAAGCUGGCAUUUUGCUGUGUGGCUACCUCAAGUUACUUCCUGUGUUCCUGCUUGUUUUCCCAGGAAUGAUCGCGAGAAUCCUUUUCACAGAAACUGUUGGAUGUGCUGACCCGGACAUAUGCAUGGAGGUGUGUGGCAGUAGCACGGGCUGCUCUAACAUCGCCUACCCGACCCUGGUGCUGAAUCUACUGCCCGCCGGCGCCCGAGGGAUGAUGAUAGCGGUCAUGUUGGCGGCUCUCAUGUCCUCCCUCACCUCUAUCUUCAACAGCAGCAGCACCAUCUUCGCCAUGGACAUGUGGACUCACAUCCGAAAGAAGGCCUCCGAGUUCGAGAUCUUGGUUGUUGGCAGGUUGUUCGUGAUUGUCCUGGUUGUCAUCAGCCUACUCUGGAUCCCCGUCAUCAAGGCCAGUCAGGGGAGUCAACUCUUUGUCUACAUUCAGGAAAUUUCCAGCUUUCUGCAGCCUCCUCUUUGUGCUGUGUUUGUGCUGGGACUUUUCUGGCAUCGGCUGAAUGAAAAGGGAGCGUUUUCAGCCCUUAUAGUGGGAUUCGUCACCGGCAUCAUACGUUUUGCUGUCCAGUACUCCUACCAGAGUCCACCUUGUGGUAGUGAUGAGCCCGACCCAACGCCAGCCAUUGUCAAGAACUUCAACUACCUGUACUUUUCUAUCUUCUUGUGUGCCCUGUCAACAAUAGUGGCCGUUGUGGUUACGCUGCUUACCGACCCGGUGGAUGACAAAUGCAUUCAGCGCUUGACUUGGUCUACACGACAUAGCAAAGAGCCACGAGUGAACAUUGACGACUGGCUUGCUGGCCGAACAGAUGGCAAGCAAGACGCCCAGAUAAAUGGCAGUCAGGAAAAUAAUGAGCUAAAGGAUAUGAAAGCCAAAAAAGAUCCAACUGAGAAAACAGAAGUUGAUACUGAUAGUCCUAAAGAAAAGGAAGCGGAUGUUGAGAAAAAUCAAACGGUGGAGACACCCGCCAAACCAUCAAUUCCUCGACGAGCGUUCAACUGGAUCUGUGGAAUCGAUGACGCCAACAAAAACCAGCUUUCAGAACAUCAAAUCGAGGUCCAGGACAUGCUCUCGAUAGAAGAAAACCCGUGUCUGCAAAAACUGACGGCAUUUUUGGCAGCCCUACUGGCUGUGUGUGCGGCAUUUGUUAUUGGUUUCUUUGCUUAA